AUGGAAGUGCUGCAGCGGCUCAACUUCUUCGACUUGCUUGGGGGGCCAGAGUUUGACUUCUACCUCGGCUUGCUGCGCAAGGGCCAGGCUCGCUUCAUCUACUCGCGCGGAGUCGACCGCCCUGGCGAUUUCCGCGGCUGCUUGGCGGCGGGCGACGAAGACGAAGAGGAGCCGCCCUUCGACGCCGGGCUGGCCAUUGUGUUCCGCUGCGACCACUUCCUGACGGCUGUUUGCGCGCGGCAAGCUCGGCCGGCGCGGCCGCGCUCCGGGCUCAAGCCACUUCCAGCUUCGCCGCGCAUGCUGCAAACGCUGGGCCAGCGGCCCCGAUGGGCCGACGUGCGGGACUCCGAAAGCGACGAGGGAGAGGCCCAGGCUGACGACGGCGCUCUCUGGCGCGAAGUCGCCGCCUUUGCGGGGGCGACCACGGGGCCUUGCGCCUACUUGCGGCUUCCAACUUUGGCCUUGUGGCAGGCGCGGCUGCGCCGAAAGUGCGAAGACUGGGACUUUCCGCUGCCUUCUUGGCGAUGGCUGGUCUACGGCGAGCCGCUGCGCCUGCGCGCCGAGCUCCAAAUUUUUGUGCUCUUCCUAGGCUUCGUUUCGGAGCGGCGCCUGUCCCGGCCUCCGGCGGGCGGUCCGGGCUUGGCAAGGGCGGCUGAAGGACUUUUGAUUGGCAGAAUGGCCCCGGCGGACCUUUCGUCUGCGGCCGCGGCGGACGAGGUUGCGGCGAUCUGCGCCCUGGCGGUGGUCGACGUCCCCGGGGACGGCAACUGCCUCUUCCACGCCCUCGCGAUGCAGGACGAAGAGGGCUGCUGCGGGGAGGAGCUGCGAGCAGAGUUGGCGGACUUUCUCGAGAGCGAGGCCUUCGGCCAGGACGGCUUCGAAGAAGUUUGGCUAGAGGAGGCCGAGCACCUGCGAGGGCCUGCGGCGGAGUGCUGGGGCGGAGCCGUGGCCAUCUCGGCUUAUUCCUUGCUUCGACAGCGGCGGGUCUUCGCCCACGUCAAGGUCGCGGGCUCCGACAUCGUGGAGGUCCAGGACAGCUCCCACGCGCUCGUCGCCCACCUCCUCUACAACGGAGUAGACCACUACAGCGCCUUGAUCGAGGCCGAGCUCUCCGACGCCAUGGUCCCGGCCUGGCCGCAGCCGCCGCCGCCGCGCUACUUUGCCCGGGCGAUCGCGGAAGCUGCGGGGGCCACGGCGGCCGCUGUCUACGCAGAGGCCUGUGUUCGCUUGCGCGCCGAGGCAAGGGGUCGACUUCGCGGCCAGGAGUUCCCAAGUCUGGCCGCCGCCGCGGCCGCCCGCAAGCCGGCCCGCUCAGGCCGCGGGCUUGGCCGCGCGCCGCCGCGGCCCGCCCAGCCCGCUCCGGCGAAGCCCCGGCGCCGCCUCCGGGAAAAGACAACGCCGGCGCCGGAGCUGCAGGACGAUGUGAUGGAGGAAGUCAGCAAAGCCUUCGUGAUCCCCGCGGCCCAGACUUCCCACCCCUUCCGCCCCCUAGAGGACGCGGUGACGGAGUUGGCGCUGAAGCUCCGGUUCCAGCCGACGCUCCCGCCGGGCGCCGAAGAUGUUGAGCUGAAGGACGGAGCAGUCUGGCCCCGCGCGUUCUGCGCCUUUGACGGCUGCGGAUGGGAGGCGGCCAACGGCCUGGAAGCGGACCUCGCCAAGCACCUUGAGGCGGAGCACGCAGAAGACCUGGAGUCCGCCGCCGCUUGCUUUCCUGGGCCUCGCCCCCCGGACGCGCUGCUGAGCGUUUACAACGAGGCCGUCGCCCGGCGCUGCCGGGCCGGGGCGCCGCUGGCGGGGUGCUCCUUGGAUCGCACCGCGCUGCGCUCCUUCGCCGAGGCGACUGCGGAGGACAGCGUGGAAGCUCUGGUUUGCUUCUGCUGCGCCACCCGCGUGGGGGAGCUUGAGGGGCAGAGCGAGAUCCAACGGCGGCGGCCACUGAGUCGCAAGCCGACGGGGGAGCACCUCUUCUUCGGGAAGCCGGCGGCCGCAGCGGCGCGAGCUCUCAGCCUGGAGCGCUUUCUGGAGAAAUACGACCAGCUCGACGUCCCGGGCAAGAAGUUGUCUGACUCUGGGAGUUUCGGCUCCUGGAAGUUGCGGCUGCCUGGCCCUGGCGGCGCAGAGCUGCUGUGCUGCCCGGAGGACCACCGCUGCCGCGCGGUCCCAGGACACGUUGAGGAAGGCGUCCUCUGCGAGCACUGCGAGCUGCCAGUUUGCGGCGGCUGCCUCGACCACCUCGCCCGCGCGCAGUUGCCCCCGCUGAGCCUGGCAAACGACAUGUGGACUGGCUACGCCCCGGAGCGGAUCUACGCGGAGGAGGCGACUGCGAUGGAGCUGAUCUGCGCCUCGCCCUGCGUCGCGACGUUGAUUUGCGUGUCUAUGGAGGCACGGUUCCGCAGCGAGGCUUGCGCCCUAGACGAGACGGCUCAUAUGGCCCGGCAUCGCUUCGGGGCUCGGGGCAACGCUUUAUCUUUCCCGCUGCCCUGGGAAGACGUCUUGAAAGCUUUGCAGGGGGAAGGCGACCAGGCGGCGGCGCUGCCGCGCAGCGGCGCAGAACUCGGCCAGCUGGUCCGCGUUCUGCUCAAGACCAACAAGAAGGGCAAGACGAGCGACGCGGAGAUCAAGGGCCUCAUCCACCAGGCGAACGUGAGGCGCGAGGCGGCGGUCAACCUCAUCUUGGACAUGAAGCGCCUGGGCCACCCAUCCUUUGCGGGCGUGGAUGAGGAGGGAGUUCGCCUUAGAGCCGCCGCCCUCCCUGCCGACGGGGUUCCGCCCGAGGUGUUGAAAGUCGUGGUCCAGGACAAGCUGCAGCCGCAAAAGGCGGCGACGCCUUGCGACGGGCGGCAGGAAGACGCCGCCGCCGCCGGCGCGACCUUUGCCGCGCAGCGGGCGCGGGCCGUGGUCGCGGAAGGCUGCGCGGGCGAAGACGCCAACGAAGCUGCGGUGGCCGCGCUGCGGAAACUGCGGCGGGCUGGCGACUCCGGGGAGAAGCUGGUCGGCUUGCGCCACGCGCAGGGCGAAAAGCAAUGGAAGAGUUUGCAGGCCAUCGCCCAUGACUGGGUCCAAGUGGUUCGAAUUGUGACCGGCAAGGACCUUGCGAUGCGCGAGCUGAACGCUGACGGCAGCCUUAAGGAGCCUGCAGUGUUGUUGCAGGAGAUGGGCUUCGAAGCUGGCGCGCACGUCAGGCGCAGGGCUACGAAGGAGGAGGGGGUUCUGGACGACAUCAAGGGUGGCAUGGUCAGGGUUGACAUGGGCGGCGGCAUCCUGGCAAAGGUUGCCAUUGAAGAGUUCUUGCAGGGAGGUUGGGUGAUUUUCUCUCCCAAAGCUGGCCCAGUCUACUUGCAUGAUCCUACCAUAGCACCCCCCAGUUCCAACGACGAAUACAAGGCCCAGCACUUGCUUGCAACCAUUGUCUGUCAAGUCCACGACAUGGGCUCUGAGCUUGAGUUGCAGAACUGGGACUUGUUGCAAAUCCAGACAAAGCCCAACAAGACCGUCAGCGCCAAGGACAAGAUUUCGCGAGGCAAGCUCGUGCUGGUGCCGUGCUCUUGCAAAGUAGUUUGUUUGCCAAAGGCCAAGAGCAAAAAGGGGCCAGGCUUCGAGGUGUUGACUUCCUCGCCCACCCACACCUUCUGGAUCACGCCCAUGGUGCAGUUGCCGUCUGAGGAUGGCAAGGGCCAGCAACCCUUUGUGCACCCAGUCUGGUUCUUGCAAGCCUCCUCUGACGAGCAGGAUGUGAAUAUGCAGCUCCACUAUGUCAGCUGCAAGUCUGACAAGACCAUCCGCAUCCCCAUCCUGAAGAACACCAAGGACUUGCAGGCUGGCGACAUGCUGCUCUACUUGAAGUCCAAAGAGGAAAAGGCAGUGCCCCUUCUUGCCACUUCCCCGCAGAAGCGAUCUGCAGAGGAAGCUUCUCCGAAGAAGAAGGCCAAGGACCGCGACACCAAGGAUCUGAAUGUCGAGAUGUGGACCGAGCUCGUUGGUCUCCGGCAGAAAACCUGUGACGACAUGGUAGCCCUCGCUCAUGAUGACACGGAAGGAGAGCGCCAGAAGAAGCGGCGCCGCGUCAGGUGCACUGCGGAGAACACCGCACUUCUUCCGCCCGCAGUGCAGAUUGUGGUUCCGGCCACCGGUGCACGCGAGGCAAGGCCUGAUGAGGGGCCAUCAUCGCAGGCCUUUGCCGAAGCAGCACGGAGAUCCAACAUGGAGGCCGAUGAGGAGGAGUUGUUCAUGAAGGCCAACCUCAAGGAGUUCAUGCCGCAGGGGUGCAGUGCGCCGUUCUACUGCAAUAGCGUGGCAUCAUGCAGCUUCUGGGACAACCGCGCCGAGCCACGCUGGUGCGGUUGGCGCAUCGUGUGCCAAGGCUGGCAGCACAUGCUGGAGGGCACAUGGGUCCCAAGCGCUCUUCGCUGUGAGCGGAUGAAGAAGGAGGAGCUGGUGCAGGAGGAGCAGCAGCAGGACUGGGAAGAGGAAGAGGUUGCCAUCAAGGAGCCUAUGACGCCCGACGAGGAAGAGGUUGCCAUCAAGGAGCCUAUGACGCCCGACGAGGAGGGGACGGAGGUCGUUCUCGCCCCGAACUUCCUCGUUCCGGACACCAAGGGCCACGGCAUGUAUGUCCGGCCGCACUUCAUCGACACGGAGGGGAACGUGUGGGCGUACAGGAGCCACGACGCCUACAAGCGCUACAAGGGCUUGCAAGAGCAGGGCUGGCAGCUUCCGGCCACUCCACGCGCAUGGACAAUCGUCCCCCCCGUGCAGAGGGAGCGCUUCAUAAAUGGCGGUGACGCCAUAUAUAUGCCUCUGGGAGGCGGAAGGUACUGGAAAAUGGAGCGCGGGUCUCAAGAAUUGCGGCAAGACUGCCGCACGUACCACUUCUUCCAGCACCGCGGCUCGGGCCACGCGGUGUGCAUUCGGGAGUUCAUCCAGUCCACGUUUGUCUGCAACAUCGAGUUGGCCUUCCGUCAAACACCCCCGAGUGGAUGCGUGGAGUUCAUUGCCCGUAGCCUCAGCGGCGAGUGCGUGGGGACGGUGUCGCUGGACGUGUGGCAGCGCUUGAGCGUGAAGGGGCUGGAAGUGCGUCUCAGGGAAAUCCUGUCCGAUAAGGUGCCACCCCAUGUGCCGAUUCGCCUCGUCUUCCCGGGCAGCCUGCUCUUGCCGAUGCGCUUCGCUCUAUGGGCGCCUGCCGCGCUCCAUAGCCCAGUGCGUGGUCGUUUGGACAUCAGGAUCCGCCGCAAGUCAGGAAACUGCGCGGCUCUAAGGGUCGGCCAAGCCAUGAGCUUGGUGAAGAAGAUCUCGCAGUCAAAGCUGACCCUUGCCGAUGCUGCUGCCGUGUCCAAUGUCAUUGCCCAAGCUUAUUUGACACAAACUCAGCUGAACUUCCUCAGCAGCGAUCGUCCUGCAGCUGAGAAGGUGCACUACGCAGCUGACGUCAUGGUGCGGAUGGGCCUGGUGAUGCCCUCAGAGCCCACAUCAGGGCACGUGGUUGCAACUAUCAGGGAGUUGGGUGCUGCCGAGCUUGCUGAUGGCAACCAUUUCCUCAGCGCAGUGCAGGAGUUGAAGCGCAGUGUGACCUCAAAAACCGUGCGCCACGCCUGGCACUUGGAGACAUGGAUUGCCACCGGCUGGUCCUGUCAGAAAGACUUCCCGGCAGGUGUUGCCUGCAUCAACUGCGACUUCGCAGCCACAAACCCUGCAGGGGAUGAUGCAGAUGUUUGCAGCUGCAGCUGCAGGAAGCCCCUGCCCCAGCAGCUGGUCACCCUGGGAGCCCUGGUCUGGAAGAUGGGCCGAGAGGCUGCGGAUGGGAGUGUGCCUGCAGACAAGCCAAAGGCCAGUGCCAAGGGCAAGGCCGCCAUGAAGAAGCCGACCAUCAAAAGGCGUAGGGAUGAGCAGCUGGCGGAAUGCAGCACCGAGUUCGGACCUUUGAUGCAGUUCAUGGAUGUGCCUGAGGAGGACAAGCCCGGAGAAGUUGUCAAGGCUAUGGAAUUGUUUUUUACCGGCCAUGAUUUCCGAACAGGCCUGUAUUUGAGAACAUAUGGCACCUUGGUCUUUGCCGACAUCGGUGUCCUUGUUGCAGACGAAGCGGCCAUCAAGCAGGCCCUGGAAAACAAAGGCGCCUCAGGGACAGUUCUUUGUUGCCACUGCUCCAACGUCAUCGACUUCAAGAGCCAGCUUCAGUGGCAUGACCGGUCCGGCGAGUUGGUGAGCUCUUUGAGCACUGAUGUGAGGUCAUGGCGCCUUCACACAGAGAACAGUGUGAAGCAACUCAUUGCUUUUUUGCAGGAGCAGCGCUCAGUUCUGAACCUCGGGCAGUUUGCCAAGUUGGAGCAGUCUCUCGGCUUCAACUUCCGUCCUCACGGCCUGCUGGCACAGCCAGAAUGGGGCCCAAAGUUUGUGGAGAGAACAAUGUUCGAUUGGAUGCAUGUGUACUUGGUACAUGGCGUGGCCAACGUGCAAUGUGGCCUGGUGGUCGGCGUUUUGGCACGACAUGGCUUCAGCAUCAAGCACAUGCGCGAAUUUGCGCAAGGUUUCAACUGGCCAGCUCGGCUUCGAGGAGCAGCGCCCAAGACUGUGCUCGACAAACGGGGCGCCAGCGAGCCCAUCAAGUGUAGCGCCAGUGAGCUGCUGAACUUUGUACAACUGCUGAGAGCCUUUGUUCUUCUUUUUGUCUGCUCGACGGAGCCAGCCCAGGAGGUCAAGGACGUGGUAGAGUGUUUUUUUCUGCUUUGCGAGAUCCUUGACACAUAUACGACCUUGCCACAUCGAAGGCAUGAUGCCAACAUGCUCUUGCAGACUGUCCAGCAGCAUCUGGAGACCUUCAAACGCAUCCAUGGCGUUGAUCACUGGACAACAAAAUUUCACUUAUCCCUCCACUUGCCCUCGCAGCUGAAGAAGCACGGAUGCUUGGUAAGCUGCUUCGUGCACGAGCGCAAACACAAAUGCGUCAAGCGGGUUGCAAAUCAUGUUUUGGACACUAGCAAGGCCUUCGAGUCAUCAGUCUUGCAGGACAUCGUUUACCGGCAGUUCGAUGUUAUGAAGUCUCCUGCAGAAAUGCCUGGUUCCGCUGUGUCUCUGGUCAAUGCCAGGGCGGCCCCAAAGCGGCUUGCCAACGUGGUCAGGCAAAGCUUGGGCGCUCUCGAGGACGCCGUGGUUGAAUCAGCAGCGGACGCAAUCCACGCAGGAGGGUAUACUGUGGCCAGAGGCGAUAUAGCUUCGAUCCAGCUAUAUCAUGCUGCCCAGGUGGAGAAGCGCGUCGGCCGUAUAGAAUUCCAUGCUGCCGUGGGGCAGGUCACAUGGUCAUGUGUGCACCUUUGGGAUACUGUGGACGGCUUCAUGUACAGAGUCAAGGCGGAGGUCGAGAAGCGAGAACUGGACAAGUUAGAGGUCAGGGCCGGCAACCAGCUUCUGGACCAGUUCCAGCCCCUCUACUUCGCCGUCGCCUUUGAAACACCGCGGCCCAAGAAGACGACAGCAGCCGCCGGAGCAGGCGUGAGAGGCGCCGGGCUCGCCGCUGAAGCCGGGACGCUGGUGCUCCUGACGCUGCGCCACCUCUUGGGGGUCAGGUUCUGCCCGCGCUGCCCGAACUGCGCGACUUCGGGGCAGCCUUGCAGCGACGCGUUCGGGAGCAACGCCGUGGCCGGCGGCGGCGUGCUGGGCAGAGUUGACGCGGUGUUUGGCUCCAUCGAGUGUCAAAAGAGCGGAGCCCUCCACGCCCACAUGCAAGUGUUCGUCCAGUGCCGCCAUCAGCGCGGGUCGCUGGCCGGCCUCCUUGACUUGGGUAAGCCCGAGCUCCGAACCUUGCUGCGAAGGUAUGCUUCCUACACUGCCCAUGUCCGGCGCUCCGUCUACUGCGACCCGGACGGCUGGGAGCGCGAUCGGGCCGCCGCGGAGGAGGAGUGGCCGGAGUACAAGGACUGCGCCUUGAUGUUGAGCCGGCCGGCCUACCAGGCGAGCCGCCGGCUGCGGCCCGAGGAGUGGACGCAACGAUACUUGGCGGAGGACGUGGAGCAGCUGCAGCAGCGCAAGCAACAUCAUGUGCAUCUCCCUGCCGGCCCAGGCGGCGAGCGGCGGCCCCGAACGGCUCUGGUCUGCCGCGGCUUGGCCGAGCAGCUGGACCUGCCCGUCAAGGGCAAGCGGAGUUCUUUGGGCCUGCAGUGGGGCCCGGUCAACGACCCGAACCUCAACGGCAACCACCCGGCGCUGCUGGCGGCGCUGCGCUGCAACGGCGACCUCCAAGUGCCUUAUCGGUUCCCCGUGACGAAGGAGACCCACGACGACGCGCUCUGCCAGGAGGAGACCUGCGUCGGCGAGGCCGCCCAAGCUGGCUACGGCUGCGACUACAUGAACAAGCGGCUGCCCAUCGCCGUGCAAGAGCUCAAGGAGUGGCAGCGCGGCCAUCGGGAGCUUGGCGAAGACUUGAAGGACAAGCCCGCCGGCUACAUCGGGGCGAGGGUGGCCAAGCGGCUGACCACAGACUGCUACGCCCGCGGCGUCUGCCGCGGCGCGGUGGAGUGCGCCAAUUUGACCACGCGCCAGGCGGGCAACGACCCCACGUUCGGCCUCCAACUCCUGGAGGCGGCGGCCGCCGGCGAAGCUUGGCCGGCUGAGCCGCGACAGCUGCGGACAGACGCGCGGCCGGCGGCUCAGCGAGGGCGCGUGGUCUCCUGCCCGUUCUGGACCUUCUACGGGGCGCGGGGGCGAGCCGCCGAAGUCCGCGACCUCUGCGCCUUCGAGUUCGCGCGUUUUCACGCCUCGCUGACGCGGGCUGGGGCGGCGAAGCUUGGCGCAAACCCCAAAGCCGUCUUGCUGCCCGGGGCGGACUACGAGAUCCACGAGGAAGGCGGGGAAGACUGGCUGCCGCUAGGGCCCCACGUCCCGGUUGUCCAGGGCGCGCUUGGCGGUCGCUUGGAGGAGGACUACGCGAAGCGGGUGCUGCUGCUCUUCUGCCCUUGGACGAGCCACCCCGACGACGCCUCGGCCGCCGCGCCCUUCCUCGCCGACCUCUGCAAGUUCGGCAAGUCAGACUGGCGCCGCGCCCUCCGACGGCGGCUGAUUCUCCAAGGCUUCCCGACCGAAGAGGUCAAGCAGUUCGCGCUGAACUUUUGCUUCGUCUACUGCCUGCCGCGGGAGCUCCGGCCGGAACAGCACUUGCAAGAGAACAGCGACAACGAGGUCCAGGACGAGGGCGUGCGCUUCGACAAGGCGGACUUGGAGGCGGCUCGGGCCACGCACGUCCGCGGCGCGGGCAAGCUGGGCUCCGAGAACUUUGACGAACAAGACAGUGAGCAGGAGGACGCGGCCGCGGCGACGCGGCUGUGCGUCAUGACCAAGCAGAUGUUCGACUUGUCCCGGGCCGCGUGGAGGAAGAGCGGGGCCGACGCCUCGCCCGGCCAAGGCGCGCAGCGCAAAACGAGCAGCUUGACCAACGCGCUCGCCUGGGCGCCCGCGCUCGCGGAGCAAGAGCAGACUUCCGUCCUUUGCGGGCGUCGGCCAAGCCGGGCGGGAUCCCGAGGCGCAGCCGCUCGGCCCGCCCGUACCGCAGACGCGCUGUUGGACUGGCUGGGCAGCGAGCGCGUCCGGAGCGGUCUGAACUCCAAGCAAUGGGAGAUGCUGCGGGUGGUGGUGGAAAGGGUUCUGGUCGAGCUGGAGCUGGUGCCGCCGGACCACGAGAUCGCUCUGCGGCGAGCCGAGCCGCUGGCCUGGCUGCUGCACGGCCCGCCGGGCACUGGGAAGUCCCACGUCCUGAAGUUCCUGCGGGAGUUGUUCGAGGAGCAGCUUGGCUACGCGCAGGGGAUCGACUUCGAGGCCGUCAACGCGGCCGACAUUCGCGGCCGGACCCUCCACAACGCCUGCGGCCUUGGCGUGGACGCGGCCGCGCUGGACUGCGCCGUGGGCCAGGAGGCGGCGAAGAGAAUGAGCUACUGGAGAUGGCUCGUCGUCGACGAGGUCAGCAUGGUCAACGCGCGGCUGCUGGCGCAGGUCGAGCAGCGGCUGCGGGCGGUCGUCCCGUCGGCCAGCCAGUGGAAGCGCAACGCGGCCGGGGAUUCGCGGGCCUUCGCGGGCGUCAACGUGCUGCUGCUCGGCGACUUCUACCAGCUGCCGCCGCCGAGCGGCGGCUACCUCGCGGACGUGCCCACUAAGACCAGCCGCGGCGAUUGCCGACAAGUUAUAGCAGCGUGGCGUCAGCUGAACUCCUGUAAAUGGCUCUGCCCUGCCUAUUGGAUAGAGGUGGAUGGCAACCUGCUACCCGACAUCCUGGCGGACCUAGUGUGGGGCGGCGCCCUGCAGGGUGUGACGGAGCUGGAGGAGCGCUGCAAGGACGCCUGGUGGAACAAGGUCGUGGACGAGCUGCGGCGCGGCGACUGGCGCUACCUCCACGGCAAGCCCGUCGAAGGCUGCCGGUUGACCGCGGCAGAGUGGGCGGCGGCCAUUGUCUCCAACAACGACGCCAAAUACCAGAUCAACAAGGGCCGCGCCAAGGACUACAGCCGCGCGGCCGAGUCGCCGCUCCGCUGGUCUGUGGCCCUGGACGCGCCGUCCGCCGAGGUUCUGCAGACGCAGGAGUGCGACAAGACCGCGCGGAUCCGGUGGCUCCAGUAUCACGACCGGGACACCGAGAACCUCUCCGGUAGCGCCGGCCGCGUCCACUCCUGGGUCUGGAAGGAGAACGACCUGCGGCCAACCUGCAUCUACGUGAAGUUCGACGGGGCGACCUGGCAGCUCGACGGGGCGCCGGAGCCGGGCCUCUACCCGGUCUACCCCGUCCGCAAGGUCUGGAAGCUGGACGCCAAGCGGAAGAAGCCGGUCCUCAAGAUCGCCCGGACGCAGCUGCCGCUGGCCCCGGCCUACGCGAUCACGGCCCACGGCAGCCAGGGCAAGACGCUCCCCGCGGCGCUGGUGGACUUCAACGUGGACAAGCGGACCGACGUGACCUUCGGGACCGUGGCUGCGAGCAGGGUCCGCUCCAGGGAGGAUGUCUUGAUCUUGAGGCCCUUCAAGCGCUGGCUCUACACCCGCGGCGCCGGAGGGUCCGGCGCUCCUGCUGAAACAACUGCGGGGGGAGUCCGAGCCAACCAAUCUGCGAUUUGCCUGGCCUGCGGCCCUGGCAAGGGCGAGCAGAAGACGCUGAAGCGGAAGCUGCCCUCCGGCCUGGCGCGCUUGGAUUGCCGCGGCGCGGCUGCAAAAAUUCGGAAGUUGGAGGACGCCUUCCCGCGGGCGCAGCUCCAGCAAGACAACUCCGAGGCCAG